GCCACCGGCCGCACUCACUUUCUGCUUACCAUUUGGCUGGAGAACGGGGCAAUCCCCUGGAGCUGGAACGACUGCUGCCUGCCAGAUCGACGGCGACUCUUCCAGCGAAGAAACCGAUGCGGCAGAAUUCGGAAUCCAGCACCCUCUUCUCCAGGGGCUUCUGGCACGACGUCUUCUCCAAGGGCCGUUCGCUGUCGCUGAGCCACAUCGAGCAGGCCGGGGUGGAGCAGGAGCGGCCCGCCGCCCACGCACUCAGCAGCAGCGCGGGGCUCACGCCGGCCGCGCGCGGCGUCCAGCCAGGCAUGUGCGUGUCAGUGGGCCCGGGAUUCCCCAGCCUGGGCCCUGGGGUUCCCCCGGCGGCCAUGUCUGCGCCGGCCGCGUCGCCCGCCGCCGCCUGCCUCGACGUGCCGGGGGCGGACGGAGGGGGUGGGGGCGAGCCGCCGCCCCCAGGGCAGGCCCCUGACAAGGCGUCCGGCGCUGGCGUCACCACCGUCACCUCGUUCGUCGGCAGCAGCCGCAGACACCGCCUCGUCCGGUCGCAGGAGUGUACAUCAUUUAUUCUUACUUGA